AGAUGAUUAGUCGGUCGCCAUUUAUACAUAUGAAAACAACAAGAUGUUUUUUUUCAUGUAUAUCUUUCUAAUUAGAGGAAAUUAAUGAAGAAUAAAUUAAAAUAAUAAUAUAAAUAUACAAAGAAAUAACGAAACUAAAGGAAAAAGUUAUGACGGGUAAAUGCUUCGGACGUAUAAAUGAAGUAUUUGUUAUAACGAUGACCUUUGCCUUCAUUGUCUCUGGUAUUCUGAUAUUUUCGACGUCCGUUUAUUUAUCGUCUGCAUCUACUGUUUAUAAAGUUUUUGAAGAGUCGUCGAAGGCUGUUGGGGUAUAUACUGUAUUGGCUAAUCGAUUAGUUCAUCACGGCUUAUCUAGUGGUCUAUUCUUGAUAUUAUCUGGAUUAUGUGGGAUUCUAGGCUUAUGCUUAAACAAUCGUCUCUUACUGAUUUCUUUUUCGGCCUAUGCUGGAUUUGUUAUAGCUCUGGUAAUUGCUGUAAUAGUUUUUGUUGAAUUAUACCCUUUUGAAGUUACUAAUGCACAAUUAAUGAGAAUGGAAGAACACUUGAGAACUUCGUACUUGAAAGAUGAACAAGUAAAACAGGUUGCUGACUUAGCCCAACAAAACUUCAAGUGCUGCGGAGUAAAUGGCACGGGAGACUAUUUGUACAGUUACUUUUAUAAUAAGACUGGUUACAUCGUACCGCAAAGCUGCUGUCGGAAGUAUAAUCUAACUGGAUGGAAUGAAACUCAGUAUGAACAUUGCCGAAUGGGUGUUGAAUCAUUCCUGGUGAAAAAUUCCACUUCAACAGAAUUAUUCUAUUCCCAUGGCUGUUAUGAAAAUAUCCUUCUUUCACUUAAGACAGUUAAAACGGCUGCUAUUAUUACUUUAGCUGUCGUACUAAUACUUGAACUAAGUCUCAUACUAGCGAUAAUUUACCUCAUUCGAAAUGAUCCAAAUUUUAAAGAUGAUAGUUACGACGUGGAGGAAAGUUCACCCGACUAUUUUGUAGGACGAAGAAAACAAUUGCAAUCAUCUAUACCCGAAAAGACUGCGUCAGAAGAGUCGGAGAAAAUGUCAUUAAACUCUCCUAGUUCCCAUUCAGUGACAAACUACGAUACAUUUAGAGAAACACCGUCAAUCUAACUAAUUAAUCAAUAUUUAAUCUUAAUUAACUAGGUUUGAAAAAAAAGAUAAACAAAAGAGUAUGCAAGUAGUAAUAGAAGAAUUUCUCUAUGUCAAUCAUGCUAUAUUUACUUUCGUUUUCUUUUCUUUUUUCUCCGUACUCCUUUCAUUUACCUACUAUCUUUCUUUCUGUCUGUGUGUCUGACUCUCUCUCUCUCUCUCUUGAUCUCUUGUCUUCCUUUCCUACUUCAUCUCUAGACAUAUCUAUUCUCUAAUUUGUGCACACACACACAUACACACACACACAAAGACUUUCUCUUUCUCAUCAUUUCACACAAAUCUUGCCAUCUCUUCAAUUCAGUAUACAAUUUCUAUGAAAUUUUUACUUAUAACUUAUAAAAUAAUAUUAGAAGGAAAAUAAAUAGUUUUUUUUUUAAUAAAAAAA